AUGGGGUACGAUGGCAAUCUCUGUAUGGCUCUUCAGUUAUGCUUAAUAGGAAAUAGACACUUGCUAGUUUCCAGCGCCGACCCGGUUUACACAGAAAGAGAACUCAUCCACAUCAAUGAUGAGUUGUUCAAGUUCAAGCCAAAGUCUGAGCUAAGAAGCUUGAUAUGUGAUUCAAAGACAAGCUUGUCUCUUAUUAAUAGGACAUUAGAGAAAGACACUGGGAGACUAUUAUCUAACACUAAAGAUGUAAUCGAUGAUGCCCCAACAAACGCACCAGUACGAACGGUGUUGAUAAUUAGGGGUCUAGAAAGGACCUCUGACAAAUUUCAAGUGGCGCUACUAGAAAUAAUAAGAAAUGUGGAAACCAAAAGGAAAUCUAAUUUAAAGGAUACAUUUCUAAUAAUACCUAUCAUUGAGAGUAUUGAGGGAAACGAAAUAUGUCUUUAUAAGUACCUUCAGGAGAAAUUUUGGUUUCGUCAGCCACAUUCCAUUAAUUAUCAAACUGCCAAUUAUAUCUUUAAUUCUGAUCCAUCAGAUUCUGAGGUAUCCUCAAUCUCCUCGGAUUCCAUCAUUAAUGAAGAUUUGACUGUACCAGAGCUACUCUCUUACGAUGGGCUGAGUCCGAUUGAAGAUGCCCUUAGCAAAAGAGAACGAAUAGAUGCUGUGUCCCUCAUUCCGGAAAUAAAAAGGUACAUUCUUGAUAUCAUGAUUUUUAUUAGAAAUCAUAGAAUUGUUACCGAUGGCAUUCCAACAAGGUUUAUAUGGGAAUUCGAGCUAUUAGUUCGCUGCUUGGCUAUUGUAAACAAUUAUGAGUAUGUUAUUCCGGUUAUUGUCAAACUCGCAGCUCGAAAAUUUUUUCCAUUGAAGAUAAAUAUUUGUAACUAUGAAGAUGAGCCAACCUUGAAUUGGGGAAGUGAUUUACUCAUGGUAAAGAUGAUGAUGAACAAGUGGAAUGCCGAUUUGGUAGUUGAAGAUGUGUUGAACAAGGUUCAGGCCCCAAUUUAA